GGGAUUGUGGAACCCACCUAUUCGGUCAUCAUACAAGAAGUGACCGGACCGCUCUACUUCAAUUCGCGUCUCGAACUGGAAUGUGCACCGAGCCCACCGAAUCCCGCGGCACGUAUCAACUGGCUCGGUCCGGAUGGUGUUGUGGUCUCGGACUCGAGCAAUCUCAGUGUGGAGUUGACUGCUGCCGGAUCGGUAACCGAUGCGCCCGGACCAAGUGGUCGAUACACGAUCGCCAUCAUCCAAACCCCGUUGACAUUCCGCUAUAGUGAUGCAGUUCGGUUGCGCUGCGUAGUCCAACCGGAUCCACCGCAUGUCCAGUUCGAGUGGCAAAAAGAUGGUCAGAUUAUCGGUCGAACGAGUGAACUGUACAUACCCAGUUUCACUCCGUACGAUGUGGGUCGUUAUCAGUGUGUGGCUCGUAUUGAAGGCUAUACGGAUAUCUCGUCUAAUACCACCGUACUACCUGGUCCGGAUGAAUCCGGCCCGGUUGAACUUAUUAUGCGACCCGGUGUUAUUUAUCUACCGGCGUUUUCACCGCUACAAAUUGAGUGCAUUUCCCAACGACCGAAUUUGCAACCGGUCGCCCGUUUUGCAAACGGAAUGCCCGUGGAAUCGGACAAUCGGUUCCGAGUGAAUCGACCGGACAGUCAGCGUUUGGUUAUCACCGCUCCCGGUGGCUUAUCCAAUGUGUACAACGGACAUCGAAUUCAAUGUGUGCUUCCCGGGGUUGGAGACAAAGAGACAACCUUGUACAUUAUUGAUCGCUGUGUCUCGUCCGAAUCCCAGUGUCGUAAUCGUGAGUGCGUACCAACGUCAAAACUGUGCGACGGUCGACCAGAUUGUAGUGAUCGGUCCGAUGAAGGUGAAGAUUUUUGCAAUGCGGGAGUGACUGUGAGUCCGACUCGAAUAGUGGUUCGUCCGGGAGAAGCCUUCCGAUUGCAAUGCCAAUCUCUAAUCCGGGGACAGAUGCCCUACGCACGGUUCGUCUACUCGGGAGCAAAUGUUGAGCAGGACCCUCGAUUUCGCACGGAGAGGCCGACACGGGAAUUACUGGUUAUUCACGCUCCUCGAGGUUUAGAUCUGUCGGACAAUAAUACACGGAUCGAUUGCAUUCCAACCAGUGGAUUUUGUGAUGGUAUUCGACAGUGUCCGGAUGGUUCCGAUGAAAUGGGCUGUGCAAAUUUGACCUGCCAUGCGCCUAAAAUCGCAUGCCCGUCCGGCGAGUGUAUCGAUCCAUCCAGACGAUGUGACGGUCGGCAGGACUGUCGUGAUGGAUUUGAUGAACGGGGCUGUCCUUCACGUUGUCCAAGUCCGAAAUUCGAGUGCGGUAGUGGAGAAUGUCUAACCCCCGGUCAACGAUGUGAUGGACGUCGCGAUUGUGCAGACGGAUCGGAUGAAAUCAAUUGUCGUGUUCCCUGUCUCCCUCCGAACAUGUAUUGUUCUUCUGGCGAGUGUAUUGGGCCGCAUGCGAAAUGUGACGGGCGUGUUGACUGUGCCGACGGUAGUGAUGAGAGGGACUGCGCAACUGGACCGAGCUUCCGGCCUACAGAACCCAGGGUUCGUCCAUACGGCACUUUGGAAAUCGAGUGUGUCUCGGGGAAACCGGGAGUACGACCACAGGUUACGCUAUCCAAUGGCAGUCUGGUCGAACAGCUGCAUCGGUUCAUUGUCAGUUAUCCGUCCGCGGAACGAAUUGUCGUCCAAUUGCAUGAUGUGACCGAGAGAGAUCGCGGUCUUGUGUUCAGAUGUUCCUACCCAACCGGGGAAACAACGGAGGCUCGCGUGAUCGUUGACUCACCUUGUGGUUCAUCGGAAAUGAUGUGCCGAAAUGGGAUGUGUAUACCGUACUAUCAUUUCUGCAACGGUGCCCCAGACUGCCCGGAUGGAUCAGACGAACAGGCACCACAUUGUGCCGAUACCCAGUGUCACAUGAACCAAUACAAAUGUGCUUCCGGUGAGUGCAUUGAUAUUAGCCGUCGAUGCGAUGGACGACAAGACUGCUACGACGGAUCAGAUGAAGUUGGAUGUUCGUCCCGACCCUCCAUACGACCUGAGCGCCCGAUCGUUCGUCCAUAUGGGUCCUUGGAAAUCGAGUGUCGUUCAUACGAACCCGGUAUACGUCCGGAAUUACGAUUGAGCAAUGGGAGUUCAUUGGAAUUGUUGCCUCGAUUUACAGUCUCACGACCGCAGCAUGAAGUUAUCAUUGCCGUGGUUAAGGACCUGACAGAACGCGAUCGGAAUAUGGUUGUACAGUGUAUUUAUCCGACGGGAGAAAUGUCCCAGGCGGAAAUUGUCAUUGAAUCGCCAUGUGGUCCCUCAGAAUGGAUGUGCCGUGACGGGUCGUGUCUUCCACAGUCGUAUUUCUGCAACGGACGAGCGGAAUGUCGAGACGGAUCAGACGAGCAGUGGCCACAUUGCGAAACAACUAGUCGGUGUCAGUCAUACGAAUUUGUAUGCGGCUCAUCCGAGUGUAUCGACUCUCGUCGUCGUUGUGAUGGUCACCGGGAUUGCUAUGACGGAUCGGAUGAAGUGGGAUGUGUGGAAAUCGAGUGCCGAUCAAAUCAGCCAAACAUUCGACCGGAAUUGCGUCUGCCAAACGGGACUGCGGUGGAAUAUCUGCCCCGUUUCGAGGUGAUUCGACCGCAAAACGAGGUGGUAAUUGCCCGGAUCAGUGACCUGACCGAAAGGGAUCGAAAUAUGGUCUUUCAAUGCGUUUAUCCGACCGGGGAAAUGUCCCAGACUGAGAUCAUAAUUGAGUCACCUUGCGGGCCCUCGGAGUGGAUGUGUCGUGACGGGACGUGCCUGCCCCAGGCAUACUUUUGCAAUGGUCGUCCCGAUUGUCGCGAUGGCUCGGACGAGCAACCCCCACACUGCGCUGAAGUUGUGCGUCCAACUAUUCGACCGGAGCGUCCCAUCGUACGACCAUAUGGAUCGUUAGAAAUCGAGUGUCGAUCCAAUCAGCCGCAUAUCCGGCCGGAUAUGCGACUGUCUAACGGAACUUCAGUUGAAUUGUUGCCGCGGUUCGAGGUGACUCGGCCCCGAAACGAUGUUAUUGUUGCUCGCCUCCGGGACAUAACUGAACGCGAUCGAUACAUGGUCAUCCAAUGCGUCUAUCCGACCGGAGAAAGUUCUGAAACGGAAAUUGUGAUCGACUCACCAUGUGGCCCGGCCGAUUGGAUGUGCCGUAACGGACAGUGUAUUCCGCAAUCAUAUUUCUGCAACGGUAGACCGGAUUGUUCGGACGGCUCUGACGAGCAACCGCCACAUUGCUAUGAUAUUCCCGUGGAUACACGAUGUGGACCGCACGAAUUCCGUUGCGCAACUGGAGAAUGCAUUGACAUUCGGCUCCGAUGUGACAGGCAAAGGAACUGUGAUGACGGUUCGGAUGAGGAAGGCUGUGAAACGCGUUGUGAAUCGUACGAGUUUCGGUGCACAUCUGGCGAAUGUAUUGAUGCGAGACAACGCUGUGACCGACGACGUGAUUGCCACGACGGGUCGGACGAAGACGGAUGUGAAACGCGUUGUGAAUCACACGAGUUCCGUUGCACAUCAGGCGAGUGUAUCGAUUCCCGACGUCGUUGCGACAGACAACGCGACUGUUAUGAUGGUUCGGAUGAGGAAGGUUGUGAAACUCGAUGUGAGCCCCAUGAGUUCCGCUGCACCUCUGGCGAGUGUAUCGAUUCCCGACGUCGUUGCGACAAACAACGCGAUUGUUAUGAUGGUUCCGAUGAAGAGGGUUGCGGGGAAUCUUCUCAAACCAUCAUCAUCAUCGAUUCACCGUGUGGACCGCAUGAAGUCAUGUGCCGAGAUGGAUCCUGCGUCCCAGUCACCGCAAUCUGUGAUGGUCGUCCAGACUGUCCAGACGGAUCAGAUGAACAGCCACCACGAUGCUAUGUCAUUGCGAGUGUGGAAAUGCGGCCCACCGUGAUUCGAACCUCUCCGUACGAACCGUUCACAUUAGAGUGUAUUUCACACAAUCAGGCCAUACGACCGUAUGCCCGAUUCUCCGAUGGACGUGCGGUAGAGGACGAUAACAGAUUCCGACUGAACUAUCUGACCUCAAAUCAUUUGGAGAUUCGCGCCCUCUACGGCCUGACCGAACGCGACGAUUUGUCAAUCAUGUACGUGCAAUCGUGCUCGGUAGAGUCGUUUGUUGGUUUGGCUGGUUGGGAUUAUUUGAUUGCGUUCUUUUCAGUUGAUCUUAGAGUGGCUACUGGAGAUGACGUUCGCCACGGGUUACUUCAUUCGGAAAAAUAG